AUGCCUCCUCGUGCCAUCGCCAGUCCUAAGAAGAAACGAUCUGGCAAGCGCAAAGGAUCUGAUGCUUCAAAGGCCGGCUUGCCAAAGAAGUCUCGGGCUGCAGACAUUGCUGAGGUACCCAGCAUGGUACCCCUCAUGUCCCUCGGCCUGACUGGAGCAGAAAUGGAACAAAAUGCUCCCCGGUGUUCUGGUCGCCCUAAUGCGGGAACUGGAGGUAGGAAUGCGCAACUGGAGAAGAUUGGAUCAGUGCUGCAAUCUAAGCCUCGGACUCAAGAACGUAAGGGUAUGACGUCCCUUGGUCCCAAUGUUCCAGUCAAUCCUCAAGCCCCAGAACUGCAUUGUAAAGGUCGAAAGAAUCAUUCAAAGGCAGUUCCUUCACCCUACAGCUCACUUGUUAGGGAUGCUCUAGAUGCCCCAGCCAAGGAUAUUAUCACCACAGGGCCCAGCUUUACAUCCCAGCAACCUGGUGGAAGGUUUGGAUUUGUUGCUCCAACAGAAAUAGCUCAUUCCAGUACUGCUCAGCCAAAUAUUCAGGCAUUGCACAACCCACAUGUCACCCUUGGGGCGAAGGACACUGAGCAGCGCGCUCAGGACACCGAGCAGCGCGCUCAGGACGCUAUUGCCGAGCAACGAGCUCGAGACGCUAUCGCUGAGAAGCGAACUCGGGAUGCAAUUGCUGAGCGGCAUACCCAGAACACUGUCCCUGAAUAUCCAGUGGUUUUGCCGAGGUCCAUCUUUUUGGAGGAGAAUUUAGAUCCAGCCCUACGUCAGCAUGAUGACACUGUUAGGACUCAGCAUCGUCUGACGUCGUUUGAAUCCAAGGACAGUGACUCCAAAGGCUGUAGCAGUGAUGACAGCGAUGAUAGCGAUGAUAAAGAUGCUGAUGAAGAGGACAGCGGAGAGGAUGAUGAGGAGGAGGGGGGAAAUGACAACACGGUCAAGAGCUCACAGCAGUUUGGUUGGGGGGAGGCUGGCCGACGCCAGAAAGAACACCCAGGAUUUGUGGAGGAUGUACCACCUUCGCAAUCUCCAGUCGCUCGCCCUCUCACACCUGAAAUUCAGUUCCAGUACUCACGCAAUGAAGAUGAUGUAGUUGCCCAGACGAGCCUUGAUAAAACCUCACAGAACAAGAGCUCUCAGGACCCUCUGGAUAUCUCACCAGGACUGCAGCGGCAAGAGUCCCAACACAUUGAGACCAUCACCUCGAAGCCUGACGAUGUACUGCAACGCCACCAUAAGAAAAACGGAAAGCCGCAUCUUCCUGACCCUGAAUCCCUCGAACUGCUGAAUCAAGUGUCUGAGUGUGAUGUUCAGCCAUCGAAAAACAAAAAGUCCAGGUCAUCGCGUGGUGGGCCAACACCCGAUCAAUUAUCUUGGUAUGGACCACACUGGAAAAGUUUUCUGGAGGACGCCAAAGUAGAAUGUCGUGCACAACACGCCCUGGAGAACCCGUUUCCAACUUUGGUGAAGAAUCUUCCAGGAACAAUCACUGAAGUUCUCAUUGCAGUAUUGGUUGUGUGGGAUACGAACGGUAAACAAUUUGAAGCUGUAUCAUAUUCGCUUAUUCCUCCGCUUUCUGUCCCCAUUCAGGAACGUGCUGCUUGGGUCGAGCAUGCUGCUGCUGAAUUGAUCAAGGAAGCAUUCUUCUUAUGCUUUGGGGUGGAUGAUCAGGGGAGAACACAAAACUUCGCUCAUCCCACCCUUCGUGAAGCCGUCAUCAUAUUCUUUUACACAGGACCAUAUCGAAUCGCACAAAGGAUGCUGGAGACCUUUAGCAUGGAAUUGCCACUCUCAUGUUUGGCUUUGGUUGCUGCAGCGUUCAAUUGUGUCUUCGACGGUCUUGUGAAAAACGGACAUGGGAAGUCAUACCCAAAUUUUUCCACCAAGGACUACGGCCCCGUCUAUUGUCAGAUGCUCAAAUUGCUCAAACAUAUCCUUGAGGAUGCAUAUCAUGGGCCUAGGCUGUCAGCUCAACUGGCUGGAGCUAUGAAUCUCGAAGGAGUUGUUGAGGUGAGACACGACCACCUGAAGAUUCUUCUUGACUAAAAGCUUCGUAUUCCCGCUCCCCAGUUUAUAUCAA